UUAUAUGAAGUAGGCGAUUUCAUUGAAAUUUGAAAAAUUAGACAAAAAUAUUAAACUAUUUACAGAAAUAACAAAAAAAAUAUUCAUAAACUUCUAUGAGCGAUAGACUUAUAUCAAAAUCUAUCAAGUGAGUGAAAAAAAUUAAAAUUUUACUAUUUUAUAUAAAUAAUUUGACUAACUUUUCUAUUUUAAAAAUUUCCCAUAUGAUUUUAAGACAGUAGAAAGAAAUGGAGGGGAUGGUGAGGUGGCAAUAGACAUGAAAAAUUGGAAUGUGAUGGACCGUAGAAGAUGAAAACUCGAGGGGCGUUAAAUUCGUGAAAAGUGACGUGUCACUCAUCCAAGGUCCCCGUCGACAAAUCGCAUGGAGGACCUAACAAAAAGAGUCAAACCAUCCCAUUAAACCUCUCUCUCUCUCUCUCUCUCUCUUCUCUUCCAUUAAACCCUCUUCGCUCUGCAACAAAACUCACUCCGUCCGCCAUUGCUGCACCUUCCAUGCCGACCGCCCCUUCCCCUUCCCCCUCCCCUUCUCCUUCCACCGCCGCCUCCGCCGCCAAUUUCCCUCCCCCUUCCUCCUUACAGCCGGCGAAGCUCCCCGUUGACUUCAGUCCUCCUCUAAUCGCCAUGGUUGUCGUCAUCGCUACCGCCUUCCUCAUCGUCACUUACUCUCGCCUAAUCUCCCGUCACCUCAUCCCUCCCAUUCUCCACCUCCUCCGUCUCCACCGCCGUCGAUGGCGCCGGUGGCGCCGCCGACGUCGACGCGCCCGAUCUUAUCUCCCGUCCUCAUCUGGCGGUGACCUAGAUUCACUCCCUUACGAUUCGCCUUUCUUCGAACCUACAGAUGGCUUCCACGUUUUCUCUCCGUAUGGUCUUGACGAAUCCGUAAUCAAGACGAUUCCACUCUCUGUCUACACUGCUAAAAGCCGUGACCGUGAGUGCGCCGUUUGUCUUCUGGAGUUUGAAGACGACGAUUACGUCAGAACGCUUCCGAUUUGUUCUCACGCGUUUCAUGUUGAUUGUAUUGAUGUAUGGCUUAGAUCACACGCGAACUGUCCUCUCUGUCGCGCGGUAGUUUUUAGACCGGAAUCUCCAUUCACGCCGGUUAUGGCGGCUAGAAUCCGGCCAAGCCUUGAUGAUACGAUCUUACGAAGCAUCGUAUUGGAGCCGCUUGUUGAAGGCACUAUUCCUAAUCGAGAUUCUUAUCAUGCGACGGAAUCGGAAAUUACUCCCUGUGUUGAUGAACCACGGAAUAGCAAUUCCGUGGACGAUCAAAUAAACGGACGAGAUUUCUUACUGAAGCGAUCGUAUUCAUUCGGAUUCGAACGAAGCUUAGCGUCGGAGAGAAUGAUUUUGGAACCAGCGACUACAUCUCCGUGGCGGUACCGUCGUGGAAGCUUCUGGAUGAAACGUCCGUCGCCGUUCGGAUCUCUACCAAAAGCGAGAGUGUUCUCGUUCCGAUACUACAGAGGAAUGAAAUCGCCGUUCUUCAGACGAAGAGGAGGAUUCUUUCCGCUAUCGGAAUCAAGCUGGAGAUUCUCCAACGGCGUAGGCGGAGGUUCAUCGAGACGGAGUAAGUCAAUGACGAGUCCUAUGUUUCUCCGAUCGUCGGUAACCGGCGGAGGAGCGGCGACGUUCUCAUCAAGCCGGUUGAGAUGCGGAGAUCCCGAGGCGUUAUUAUCACCGGAGAGAUUCAACAGAAGAUGAGAGAAAAAAGAAGAGGAAAACAUGAAAACAUGAGGACACGUGUGCGGUUAUGAUGAGGGGAGAAAUGGACGGCGGGAGAUAGGUCGGAGGGAGGAGAGAGAAUCGGCGGCGGUGGCGGUGGAGAGAGAGAAAUUUGGGGAGAUUUUAAUGCGAGGUGUCUGGCAAAUUUUGUAGAGGUCAUUAAUGGGAGGUGGGGAGAAGCAUUUAAUGAAAAAUUGACGAGAGAGAAUACGCAGUUUCUCUCUCUCUCUCCCUUAACUUUAAUCGAUGAACCACUGCUCAUAUGAGGUUAAAUCCCCACUCCAACCAAUUUAAUGCCCAAUUUUCCCCAUUUACUUCCUCUUCUUCACUCUUUUAUUUUUGCUCAUUGGUCCCUCUAAACUUUUCUAAAUUACAAUUUUGGUCCUUAGACUA